AUGCCUAAGGAUAGAACUACCACCCGCAAGGCCAAGCCCGAGCGCGCCACUCGCCGCAAGAAGGACCCCAACGCCCCCAAGCGUGGUCUCUCCGCAUACAUGUUCUUCGCUAACGACAACCGUGACUCUGUCCGUGAGGAAAACCCCGGCAUCACAUUCGGCCAGGUCGGCAAGAUGCUCGGUGAGAAGUGGAAGGCUCUUUCCGACAGCGAGCGCAAGCCCUACGAUGACAAGGCCUCUGCCGACAAGAAGCGUUACGAGGAUGAGAAAGCCAAGUACCAGGCUGAUCAGGCUGCUGGCGAUGAUGACGAGGAAUCCUCUUAA